UGUAUUUACAACUUUAUAGUUAUGAGAACUCAAGUUUAGGAUGGAAUCCAUCAAAUAAAUUGAAAGAAUUAAGUGAAGCCGGUGCACGAUAUCUUAUUGCUAGACGAGUUUACACAAUUAAUAAUAAUGUUAUUAUUGGAAAUCCAAUUGGAUUUAUUAUGUUUCAAUUUACUUUCGAAGAAACCAUGGCAGACGAUGAUCGGAAAAUAGAAACAAUAUAUUGGUAUGAAAUAGACGAAAUUUCUCCCAGUCGAUGUGUGGAACCAGAAUAUAUCGACGACUAUGAUUAUGAGAUAUUAAGCAAACGCUUGUGA